GGAGCGGCCCAAUGGGGAGCGGCCUCCAGGGGGCGUGGCCACGUUGCCAAAUCUUGUUCCACGUCUCAGAGUUCGGUUUGCUGUGCCCCUUGGGUCGCGAGUUUGGUGCCCCGACCCCGCCAUGGGCCUGGAGCUCUACCUGGACCUGCUGUCGCAGCCCUGCCGCGCCGUCUACAUCUUCGCCAAGAAGAACGGCAUCCCCUUGGAGCUGCGCACCGUGGAGCUGCUCAAAGGCCAGCACCUCAGCGAUGCCUUUGCCCAGGUGAACCCCUUGAAGAAGGUCCCUACCCUGAAGGAUGGGGACUUUACCUUGACAGAGAGUGUGGCCAUCCUGCUCUACCUGACACGCAAGUAUAAGGUCCCAGACCACUGGUACCCUCAGGACCUGCAGGCUCGUGCCCGUGUGGAUGAGUAUCUGGCAUGGCAGCACACGACCCUGCGGAGAAGCUGCCUCCGGACCCUGUGGCAUAAGACAAUGUUUCCUGAUUUCCUGGGUGAGCCGGUAUCUCCCAAGACGCUGGCGGCCACACUGGCAGAGUUGGAUGUGACCCUGCAGAUACUUGAAGACAAGUUCCUCCAGAACAAGGCCUUUCUCGCAGGGCCCCACAUUUCCCUGGCUGACCUAGUAGCCAUCACGGAGCUGAUGCAUCCCGUGGGUGCUGGCUGCCAAAUCUUUGAAGGCCGACCCAAGCUGGCUGCAUGGCGCCAGCGCGUGGAGGCAGCAGUGGGGUCAGUCCUCUUCCAGGAGGCCCAUGAGGUCAUCUUGAAGGCCAAGAACUUUCCACUUCCAGACCCUGUCUUAAAGCAGAAGCUGAUGCCUAGGGUGCUAGCCAUGAUCCAAUGAGCCAGGAAGCCUCAGUCCUGCUCUGCCCUUGGCAGUUCACCCAUGGGAGGCAGACCUAGAAAGCAGGAGUGACUUGCCUGAGUCCCAUUGCUUCUGAGGCCAGGUCCCUACUCCCACCCCAUCUUCCACUGCUGCUUGAAAACCAUUAGAUGAGAAUAGCACACUCAGACCUUGUCUCCUUUAAUCACUACAUUUUGUUUUCAGUUUGGUAAGUAAACAUAGGCUUAGCCUGAGCCUCUA